AGCAGUCGCAGCGCCCAGUUCCAGAAUCAAGUCCUACGCCAGGGUUCUGACCACGGCGUGACCCGCUGCCCAGCCGGUCUGACAGUCCGGUGGUCCGUGUGUCCCUCUGACAUGUCGUCCUGCAGCCGCGUGGCCCUGGUGACUGGGGCUAACAAAGGCAUCGGCUUCGCGAUCACGCGUGACCUGUGUCGGAAAUUCUCGGGGGACGUGGUGCUCACGGCGCGGGACGAGGCGCGGGGCCGCGCAGCGGUGAAGCAGCUGCAGGCGGAGGGCCUGAGCCCACGCUUCCACCAGCUGGACAUCGACAACCCGCAGAGCAUCCGCGCGCUGCGCGACUUUCUGCGCAAGGAGUACGGAGGACUUAACGUGCUGGUCAACAAUGCGGGCAUCGCCUUUAGAAUGGAUGAUCCAACGCCCUUCGACGUUCAAGCUGAGGUGACACUGAAGACGAACUUCUUUGCCACUAGAAAUGUCUGCACCGAGCUGCUGCCCAUAAUGAAACCACAUGGUAGAGUGGUGAAUGUCAGCAGUCUGCAGGGGUUAAAAGCCCUUGAAAACUGCAGCGAAGAUCUUCAGGAAAGGUUCCGAUGUGACACACUUACCGAGGGGGAUCUGGUCGACCUCAUGAAAAAGUUUGUGGAGGACACAAAAAAUGAAGUCCACGAGAGAGAAGGUUGGCCAGACUCAGCUUACGGGGUGUCCAAGCUGGGCGUGACAGUCCUUACGAGAAUCCUGGCCCGGCAGCUGGACGAGAAGAGGAAAGCGGACAGGAUUUUGCUGAAUGCCUGCUGCCCGGGAUGGGUGAAGACCGACAUGGCGAGGGACCAGGGCUCCAGGACCGUGGAAGAGGGGGCAGAAACCCCCGUUUACUUGGCCCUCCUGCCUCCAGAUGCCACUGAGCCUCAUGGCCAGCUCGUCCGUGACAAAGUUGUGCAAACGUGGUGAACGUCUGCUCUGGGGCUUAACAGUUUGAUAAACGUUAGCGUGAGAGAUGAAUGCAGGCUGGUGCGGUUUGGUUUUUUUCCCCACGAGGAGGAGGAAGGUCCGUUUCUCUCUGUGGCUCUACAAGCUCAAUCUGAACAAUUUGCUUUGUCCAAACUCUCUUAGCUCGCGGUGUUUUCAUCCAGUUAAUGUGCCUGCUUUGUUUUUCAAAUUAAAAAGAUUUAUUUGUUUUA